AUGGCCCCCGGCUCGCUGGUGGCGGCCUGCCGCAGCCUGGCCCUCUCGACGUGGCUGCUCUCCUUCUGCUUCGUCCACCUGCUGUGCCUGGACUUCACCGUGGCCGAGCGGGAGGAGUGGUACACGGCCUUCGUCAACAUCACCUACGUGGACCCGGCCACCUCGGAGCUGCGCACCGAGAAGACGGAGUGCGGCCGCUACGGGGAGCACUCCCCGAAGCGGGACGCCAAGGGGGUCCUGGUGCUGCCCGCGGCCCCGCUCGACCGCCAGGCCUGCGACCCCGGCACCCGGUUCGCGGUGCCGGCACAGCCCGGGCCCUGGGUGGCGCUGAUCGCCCGGGGAAACUGCACCUACAAGGACAAGAUCCGCCACGCCGCGGCGCACAACGCGUCCGCCGUGGUCAUCUUCAACGUGGGCUCCGCCAACGCCAACGACACCAUCACCAUGCCUCACCCAGGCACAGGCGAUGUGGUCGCCAUCAUGAUCCCCGAGCCCAAAGGCCGGGAGGUCGUCCUGCUGCUGGAGCGCAACGUGACGGUCAACAUGACGAUCACCAUCGGCACCAGGAACCUGCAGAAGUACGUGAGCCGGACGUCGGUGGUGUUCGUGUCCAUCUCCUUCAUCGUGCUGAUGAUCAUCUCUCUGGCCUGGCUCGUCUUCUACUACAUCCAGAGGUUCAGAUACGCCAACGCUCGAGACCGAAACCAGCGCCGUCUUGGUGACGCGGCCAAGAAAGCCAUCAGCAAACUGCAGGUCCGCACCAUCAGGAAGGGGGACCAGGAGACGGAGGCAGACUUCGACAACUGCGCCGUCUGCAUCGAGGGCUACAAAGCCAACGACGUGGUGCGCAUCCUGCCCUGCAGACAUUUGUUCCAUAAGAGCUGCGUGGAUCCGUGGCUGCUGGAUCACCGCACGUGUCCCAUGUGUAAGAUGAACAUCCUGAAAGCUCUGGGCAUCGCGCUGAACGCCGACUGCCUGGACGACCUUCCGCUGGACUACGACCUGGCCCUGGGCGGCGUGGGCGGGGUCGGCGUGGGCGGGGUUGGUGUGCUGGCCCUGGAGGCCGUGGUGUCGGGAGCAUCCAGUGACGGCACGCUGAGCGAGGGCGGCUCCUCGGUGGUGCUGGACCCCGGCGUGCGGCGGGUGGGGCUCCCGCAGGACUACCAGGACCCCGACACCCUGAGGGACAGCCCCCUGACAGCCACCACCGACACACACACAGGUGACUUCCAGCCAAUGGCAAGCAGCGCCUCCGUGGCGUCGCUCGUCAUCGCCGUGGAGACGGGUCUUUCGGACGAGGAGGGCUCGGCGGAUCAGCCUCAGCUGGGGGAAAAGUCCUGAGAGCAGCACAACGGAACCAAACUGGAACCAGACUCCUGUCGGAUUGGACCGUUUGACAAUUUUCUUUUUUCUUUUUGAGUAGACUUUUAAUGAUCAGGCGGUAAACUGACCGUGGGCGGGGGGAACCCAGAGUUUGGACGUCGCAGUGGUCGGAUGGACUCGAACCGGAACUUUUUUCACUCCCUCCAGAGAUGUGAGCAGUUUAAGUUAAAGACUCGGAAGGUUGUAGUUUUCUGUUUCGGCGCGGUGGAUUAAUGUCUCCUGGUGAACGAGCCAACCUCACUGGAGUCUCAUCGUCGAGUUUCGUGCUUUUCCUUUUCCCAAACCUUUGGGGGAAGGGAGACAUUUAUUUUGAAAGGACACACCAGUGCAGCAACUCUUGGUCAAAGUUCUCUUGGCUUCAUUUUGCCUUUAGUUCAUUUUAAAGUUCUCUUUUCUGCUGUUCAGGCUGUUUGUCACCUUUUCAGAACCCAACACGUCAUUUCUGUCCCUACAAAGACACCAGGUUAGAAACAGUGUCUGAGCUGCCUGAUAUAUCGGUUCAACAGCUCUUAGUAUCAAUUUUAAUGUUUCCAGAAAGUCUUUUUGAUAAACUGUUCAAGUUACAAAAGAGGAAGUUUGCGAGCGAGCCGCCAGGUGAGUGUGGUCUUCUUGCUACUGAUCCUACAGUGUUACAUUUGUGAUGUGUUAUCACGCCCAAAGUGUUGUGAUGCAUAUCGUGUCGUCAGGUCCUUGCCCCCAGUUUCUGCUGUUUCCAUGGAAACGGAUACAAACACAAAAGCUUUCUGAAACAAAUGAUGUGUCUUCACUGGAAAUAGGGCCUCAGUCAAUCGUCGGUCCGAACAACAAAAUCAGCGAUCCUGUAACAAAACGUAUGUCAGUGGAACAUGAAGGCAGUCCUUCGCUCGAAGAAAUGAAGGAGUGUGAGAAGCAAACAGCUGAAUGAUAAAAUGUGCAAUCAAGGAGUCCGAGGUGACGGGGUGGCCACGCCCCCCUGAAACCAGUCGAUAUAAAGACCGCCAGCAUUGGGAUGAUCCUUCCUGACCAAGACGGGAGAACGCCGUCAAAACAUGUUGAAGGAAAGCCCUGCCUGCCUGAACGGUAGAAAAGAGCAUGCUUUUGGGGGCCCCGUUUCCACGGCAACGGCUCAAUCUAACAUGAUGUCCGUUUACACAGCAACAGCAGAAAUACUUAACAAUGUUACCGACGACCAAUUUGGAUUGUUACUAUAAUGACUAUCACCUUAAACAAGCUGCGUCUCCAAUGGGUCAGACCGUCGUCAUGGAAACGGGGCCUUGCUGGACGGUGUUGACAGUAUUACUUCAGUUUGACCAGUCUUGGAAUGGCUCCUUCUCUCAGUAUUGUUUCUUUUUUCCUUUCCUUUCCUUCUCGUUUGGCCUGUGUGUAUUCUUCCAGGCUUCCUGAUUGUUACCGAACCCUGACCGCCUUCUGGUUUUCACCCUCUCUCUGUGUUUCCAAAACAGAUUUCUGCACAGAACAUUAAAAGUUGGUGAAUAAUG